CUUAAGCCAACAUUAGAAGAAGUCACCACUGUCUGCUAACCACAUCAUAUCCGCUGCACAUCAUCAACACAGUCAACACAUCUACACAAAGUGCUACACGCCGAGAUGGAUGCGAAAGUAAGUGACCCCUUUAGCAGUGAGGCAGAUCAGCUUCCUGGAGCAGGAAUUGUGGGGAGGCUCUGGCUGCCCAAAGGUCUGUCUGGAAAUGUGAUUAAGGAUUGGGUUGACCGCAGGCGGAAGUCCAUCCGUCCAUGGGCGGGCUUUGUUGACCAGCGCAAGUUUUCCAAGCCUCGUAAUUUUGGAGAGCUGUGCCAGCGUGUGGUGAGGAAUCUGGACACCUAUCAUAGCAACUACACCUUCAUCUUCAUGGCGCUCAUCCUCUAUUGCAUAAUCAGUUCUCCAAUGCUCUUGAUUGCUUUAGGAGUGUUUGCUGGUGCCUUCUAUAUAAUCCACUUGAAAACGCUGGAGAAGAAGCUGGUUGUUUUUGGUCGUGAAUUGACUCAGGGACACCAGUUGGGUUUGGCAGGAGGAGUUUCUUUCCCCGUGUUCUGGCUUGCAGGAGCAGGAUCCGCAGUCUUCUGGGUUCUAGGUGCUACACUGGCUGUUAUCGGGUCUCAUGCUGCGUUUCAUGAGCUGGAGUCUCCUGACGUGGACGAGUUGCUCAUGGAACCUGUUUAAACCUCUCACCUUUGACCUUUGGCCUCAUGUUAACCUCAAACGUCUCCCCUCAUCUUUUGGAUCGGCACCUGUUGGUUGCACUAAUCUGACAAUAUUAGUUUACUGAACGAUUGGCCAGGACAGACUGUUAAAUGGACUUUGGCCCAGACAGAUGAAGCACAUUCAAAGACCUUUAAAUGCCUUUACUGGUACCUGUUAGUUUGUUACAUUUAUUUAUUUCACAAUAUCAAAGCACAAAGUAGUAAAUGGACUGUGACCCAAACCAAAAAAAAAAAAGCAGUUCAGUCAAACAAUAAACGGUUUCAUUUUACAUUUUAAGAAUGUAGUAAACCAGUAACCACUGACAUCCAUAACAGGAAAACAAAUACUAUGGAAGUCAGUGACUGCCAGUUUUCAACAUUCUACAAAUUAUCUUCUUUUGUGUUCAGCAGAAUAAAGAAACUCAUACAGGAUUGGAGCAAACUGAUUGUGAGUAAAUGGUGACCGAAUUUUCAUCUCUUUAAAGCAGGGGUGCCCAAACCUUUUCUUAUGAAGGGCCAAAAACCAAACUUGAUUGAGGGUGGUGGGCUGACGCUAAAUAUACCGAACUGUAUUACAUUAUUUGCCAUGGUAACUUACUAAUUUGAUAAUAUUUAAAAAUAAAUAGAAAAAAAAUUAAUCGUAUUAAUAAUAAUGAGUUUUUUACAGUGCUGUACUUGUACAAUAAGACUAUAAACAAUCUCAUUUAUAACACAAUGGAGUGCCAAGAGUUUUUUUAUUUACAAAAUUAACAAAUUUUACACUCCAGAGUGAAAUAUGUGUCCUAUAAGUGUGGUUUCAGCAACGUGCCACACACAUAUACUGUAUAUGUCAACACCUAAAAAUGGAUUUCAUGACUCUAAUAAUUAAUUAUUAAAUAUAUAAUAUUGUGAAUUAACUAAUUAAUUCACAAUAUUUAAUUGAAACAUUAAUUUCACUUCACGUUUUGUAGUUCAUCAAUUAAACAAACACACACACACACACACUUUUAUGUUAAAUUAGUGACGAUCUCUGUUGAAGGCACUCGCCCCAACCUUACCCAUUAUUCUCCCUCUCGUCUCAGAUGCUAUGGUGGGCCAAAUCAAAAGUUACCAUGGGCCCUAUAUGGGCAUCACUGCUUUAAAGGCACAGUUUGCCCAAAACGUAAUUUUAAAGUCGAGUGUCUUUUAUCUUGACACAGGCUUUUCAAAGAUUUUAACUGUUUUAAUCCGCCUUAAAGAAACUGACAAAACAAUUAGCAUCUUUUCACUUAUGUUCAACAGCAGAAUGAAAUAAAGUCUUAUAUUAAAAUAACGUAAGGGUGACUAAAUAAUGACAGUUUUGACUUUUGGGUCAGAAUUAUCCAUUUAAAAGGUAUUUAAAUAAUCUCAAACAGUUUUUGAUCACAAGGUUCUGCUAGCUCAUCAGAAAUAGCAUGAAAAAUAAAUCAAUCAACAUGAGUGUACUGUUUCGGCGGUCGGUUUCUGUGGUAUGUGGGUACCAGUUAAUACAUAAUCAUUUUGGUUUGAGCUUUGCUUGAUUUUUGUCAGAUCAGCCAGUCAGCGCAUGCAUGAUUUAAUAACCGCAUGCGUCAGCAAAUCUAAUGUAUUUCUGCUAUUCAGUGUAACCUGAUGCCAAUAUUCCUAGUGGACGGAUUUUUAUAUACAGGUUCUCCUUUUAUGCAAACGUUUGCUUUUUUUUACCUUUAUUUUCCAACUUGUUUCUGUUGUAUUGAGAAGUGGGAAGUGCAAUAAAAUGCUUCGCCUGUACAA